GAGCUAAAGGUCUUAAGAAGGACAGAUUGGGGUUCUGAUAAUUGUUCCUUAAAAAAAAAUCUGCUACUUCAGAGAUGACAAGAUACAGAUUUCAGGAAAGUGGGACAUAGACCUUGUUCAGAGGCUGCUCUGUCCGUGAUUGUUUCUAAUUUCUCGUUGAUUUGCAGCCUGAUGCCUCCUCUUUGCUCGCCUUGGUUGCUCCAGCAACAUGGAUAUAAUUUCCUGUAGUUCUUUUGCUGAUAAGAUAAAAUGAGGAAAAAAAAUACUAGCCAGAUGAGAGCGGCCAAGGUGAGGAACCUGACUGAGGAGGUGCAGUCUCUACAUGAGGACGUCAGUAAACUCACCAGAGCCGUGCAGGCUGCUCAGGAGGCCCAGCAGCAGACCCAGGAGCAUCUGCACAUAGAGGAGGAGAAACUCAGCAACGUGAGCAAAGUAAAUCAGAAGCUCAGCCAGCAAGUUGAUGCGAUUUGUCUGUCAGAAGAGUAACUCGUUCUUGACAUUCUCUUGAAGCUGGUUGAGAUUCCUUACAACAGCAGUUUAAAUUCUCCACCCAACAGUUCACCCAUAAUAUCUGCUGCCUUUUCAUUUUCUGGCUCAGGAGCAAAUGAAGAAAGGGAAGUGGAAAGAUUGUAGGAGCCAGAGAUGAUGCUGACUCCAAGGAAACACGUGUCUUACAAACAUGGUACGACUGACACACAUAUGAAUGAACCCACAGAAACUGUGGCAGCAUGCAUAGGGCCCUUACAGGUUUAAGUCAAAUGGGAUUGCAUCAUUGAGAAGAGAAAGCGGCCUAAUAGUUCUUGAGGCGUGUUGCUGUGUGGUGUUGUAUAGACAUUAAAAGGUUAAUGAUUUAUUACAGGCUCCAUUAUCUGCUUUCGUUUCUGCCUGACUUUACAGAACUGUAAGCAAAAAUCUGUGAUGCUGUGGUUACUUGCAUUACUUCAGCACCUAAUGGCGCUGUAAAACCAGGUUCCUGUGGCUCUGCUGUUGAUGUGUUGCUGUUAUUCAGCACUAGAGGAUGAGAUGAACCAAGCCGCAACUGACUGAAGCCUACAGUUGCUGUGAUGUUUAGCCUGAACAGUGGUGUAGGGGUUUGGAUGAAGAUCCUUCCCAGCUUCAGCUCAGUAUUUGAUCACAUGGCAUGAAGUCGUUGGCACUGUUUUGGAAGGUUUGGGAGGUGCAGCCUUGUUGGAAGAAGUACGUCACUGGGGGUGGGCUUUGGGAAGAGAAACCCACCUACUUUCAGCUCACUCUCUCUGUUUUGUUUAAGAUUUGAGCAGCAAACCACUGAACUGAGAAUGGGACCCCCGUUGAAGGAAUCAGAAAAAGGACUGGAAGAGCUUGAAGGGGCUCGAGACCCCAUAUGAACAACAAUGCCAGGCAACCAGAGCUUCCAGGGACUAAGCCACUACCUAAAGACGAUACAUGGACUGACCCUGUGCUCCAACUGCAUAGGUAGCAAUGAAUAGCCUAGUAAGAUCACCAGUGGAAGGGGAAGCCCUGGGUCCUGCCAAGACUGAACCCCCAGUGAAGGUGAUUGUUGGGGGGAGGGAGGUAA